AUGGCCGCAGAGCAAAAGAUCAUCCGCACACGCCACUCCAACAGUCUCAAGUUCGUUCGCCAGAAACAGGCUCGUCGAAGGAACAGUCUCCUCUGGAGGUCCUUCGAGUACUGUCGGGAAUGCGAUCCCGACGUCUUUAUGAUGAUACGGCUUAAGCGCAACGGGCAGAUUCUGUUCUUCAAUUCCAGUGCGCAAUGGCCUCUAUCACGAGAGCAGCUUGCCUCGCACUACCCAACGCCGCAAGAGAUAACAUGGCAGGAGAUGGCUACCAAAUACGCUGAUGGGGAGGGAGUGUCCGCUGGUGAGCCAACGGCACAGCGACAACAGGGAGAAGGUUCCACGCAAUGGGAUGGCUACGGAUUUGACUCUCGUACCGCGCAGCCUUCAUGA